UAUAGUAACCAUGCAUGUUCCUCUGCUACUCGAACUCAAACUCAAACUAUGUCCGAAACUAAUCAGGCCGAACACGCUCAAAUCUCGACUGCACUUGAGGUAGAGAAAAUCGAAGACAACCUUUACCGCUCAAAAUCCCUCUGGGUUCCAACUCGUGCUCGAGGAGUUUUCGGAGGACAAGUCAUUAGUCAAGCCUUGGUUUCUGCUUCCCGGUGCGUCGACUCUGCAUUUGCGCUUCAUUCUUUACACUGUUAUUUUCUCCUCAGCGCCUCCCCGUCAACACCCAUUGUCUAUCAAGUGGAACGACUUCGCCAGGGCCGAUCGUAUGUCGCAUGCGCCGUCAAAGCAAUCCAACGCGGGAAUAUCAUCUUCGUUCUUAUGUGUUCGUUCCAAAAGCCCGAACCCUGGCAACCUUCCUAUCAAUGGGUCAUGCCCACUGUCCCAUCCUCCGACGAAUGUGAGUUGGAGGAGGAUCGGUUUCUUCGCUAUAGCAAAGAAACUACAAUCCGUCCGGAGACUAAAAGGAUUCUUGAAACUUUUGCUGAGGAAAGAAAACGCAGCCCUAUCGCUAUAAAAAUGGCUAAAGAACACGAUGUCGAGGGCAACGGUAUUCGCUACAUGUAUUGGAUGCAAGCUAAGAACAUCCCGAAAUACGAGGCCCCUUUCCAAAAGUGCAUCCUUGGCUACCUUUCAGAUCUAUACUUUAUAGGCGCUGUGCCUCGUAUAAUGGGGCUUAAACGCUACUCCAAGGGACCAACUGCUGUUGGCAUGACGUCCACCUUGGAUCAUUCAGUGUAUUACUACAGGUGGGCAUUGCUAUCGCUUCACUAUUCGGGGAUUUCAUGGCGUUCUUGGUCGCGCCAGUGACGAUUUUGACUGCGGUGACUGGUUGCUUUAUGUGAUGACCUGCCCUCGCGCUGCAAGUGGUCGAGCCGUAAUGCAUGGACAGAUCUUUGCGCGAAAUGGUAAACUGGUAGCGAUCACGUCGCAAGAAGGCGUAGCUCGUGCAGAUAUUCGUGGACCUGACCGUGACCAAGUCAAGGCCAAACUCUAAUCAUUGACAUUCCAGUGAUAUCCCCUCGAUAGAAGACAGAGUAUAGAUUAUCAUACGAUUCAUACGGUAUCUGAAUUAUAAUAUGAUAUAUCGAUUUCAAGAUUCACGACCGGGA